AUAGUGGCUCUUUAAUGCCGAUUACAUUUCACACAUUUUUCAUCAACUCAGCUGGAUGUUAUCUGAGGACAGAGAGAGGGAGAGCCCAAGCACGCCGCAACUGAAAGCGAAACUGUAUAAAAGUUACUUUCACUUUGUCACACGCCAGUGAAGAAUCAGCAACUAAACCGCCAAGAUGAGCGAUAUGGAGUUGAAAAUUGUGCCCUUCAAGCCAGGAAUGGAACUGAAGGUCAAAGGAGUCCCCAAAUGUGGGUGCGAUCGUUUCUCGAUCAAUGUGGGCCACUCCAGAGGAAACGUUGCGCUGCACUUUGACGUACGCUUCAGCUAUGGCAAUGACCAACGAGUCAUCGUCCUGAACACCAGGAAGAAUGGGCACUGGCAAGAAGAAGUGAGAGAUAGAUGCUUCCCUUUCCAGCCUGGGCAGCAGUUUGAGGUGACCAUUGCCUUCGCUGAUGGCAGUUUUUACAUUAAUCUACACAAUGGCCAUGUGGUGCAGUUCCCCAACCGUCUGGGUGACAAACAAUAUGAUUCCUUAUGGUUCUAUGGAGAUGUCUUACUCAAUGGCCUAUCUGUUUAAUAAAGACCAAUCAGGAGAUUAGCCAGCCCCUUUCUGGCUCCCGAUUUGCAGAUCUGCUUCUGCAUCCUGCUUCCUUCCUACAGCUGUGCUAUGACUGCACUUUGUCCCUCCCAGACAUCAGUGCCUUUAAUCUUGUGCUUCUCUGCAACAUUUAACAGACCCCCUCUGGCGUCUGUCCAAACUCACUGAGUAUGAGAAUCAGUACAGCUUCAAUAAUAAAUCUCUUGUUGUAGUCUAUAUUCCCGGUCACUUGUCUCUGUGUCUGUGUUCCUUGAGCUGCUUCACUCCCCUGUACUUGUGUGAUUUCACUAUUCGGGUGGUUCCGGGUUUUCGUGGUUUCCCCCCUUCUUUCCAGUCUCACUUUACUUACUUUCUGCUUAUUUCUAGUUUUACUCAUUUCUACUAAUCCCUACUAACUUAUAGAUUGUAAAGUACUAACCUCACUAAUAUACUAACAUGUGAAUAUUACUAAUGGACUAACACACACUAGUUUUGGGUUUUUGAUAGUUUAGAUCACUAUACUAAUACAUUAACCAGUCUCCCCUUUUCCAUGCUGCGCUGUAGCUCCGCCCCUUUUAUUUCUAGCCUGCUCUAACGCUGAGUUCUGCAAUUGCCUGCACCUGUCUCUUGCUCUGACUGCACCUCUCUCUCUCUGCACGUGUUUUACCUGCUUCACCCAGGCCGUCUAUUAUCAUUGUUGUCUAUGUGAUUCCAGUCCGCGUUUUUUCAGUCCCCUGUCAUUGAAUUAGUUUUCCUAAUGUUCUUCACCUGGAUGUUGUUUGUUACUCCUCUCUCACUCACUUAACCCCUCCUUGAUUGUUAUCUUCCCCAGUGUAUAAAUGUCAGUCUUUUCCACCUGUUCAGUGUCAGAACGUUGAUCGAAUUCAUUGUGCCGAUUGUUAGUAAGCCUUUGUCUAUCGAGAUUCCUGCGACACCCCUUUGUAGGACUUCGAGUUUGCCUGCCCCUUUUGGUUUUGUUUGCUUCUGGUUUGACCUUCGCUUUGCCUUGACCUCUUUUGCCUGUCCCUUUGUACCUUCGCCACUCUGAUCUCCUGGUUUUUGACACUUCGCCUGUUUUUUCACUAUUCUUUUGGAAAUUCGAUUCGGCACCGUACUCUCUGAUUACCUGGCUUCGAACCUCGGACUGAAUAAAGACAACGUUUUUUGGAUUUCCCUGGUCUGCGUGUGGGUCCUUGCACAGAACAUCACAUCUCUGUCAUGAGCAAAUCUACUCAUGGUGUGUGGCUGUUCAUUGGGGGAAGGGGGUCCAGUUCUUACUACAGAUAUUGUGUAUGAACAGGUUUUUAUGAAGUCAGAACUUGAUAAACAUGUUUUACAGUA